UGAGCCCUUCAGUGUAAAGUUGGACCGCAAUACGAGCACACACACACCUACCAACUGCACCCACGUAGAACGUACAGACAGCAUCACACACACACCCUCCAGCACACACCCCUUCACCUGAAAUACAAACAGCUGCCUCACUUUCGAGGGACUAUUGAGACGAGGAGCUUGACAUGGAGAUGUUACGUAGGAUGUUUAGGAACAUGGUGUCGGUAAAAGUCAGGGAGUAUGUGAAGGACUACUGCCGGCGGAACGGCCUCUUGACGCUGUCUGUGUUCGCCGUGGUGACGGGCUGCGUGCUGGGCUUCCUCCUGCGGUCAUUCAACCUCUCCACGCAGGCCAAGAUCUACUUCUCCUUCCCCGGAGAGCUGCUGAUGAGGAUGCUGAAGAUGUUGAUCUUGCCCCUCAUCACCUCCAGCCUCAUGUCCGGCCUGUCUGCCAUGGACACCAAGGCCAGCGGCCGGCUGGGGGUCCUGACCAUCACCUACUACCUCUGGACCACCUUCAUCGCCGUCAUCGUCGGUAUCGUCCUGGUGCUCAUCAUCCACCCGGGAACCGGCUCGGAGAAGGAGUCCGGUCACCAUGGCGGCUCCGGCCCCGUCAUGACCUCGGCGGACGCCCUGCUCGACCUCAUCAGGAAUAUGAUCCCGUCCAAUUUGAUCGAAGCAACCUUUCAACAGUAUCGGACGGAUCUGAUCCCCAUCGUGCAGACCGACAGCGGGAAGGAGUCCCAGGCCAACUACGUGUACGUGAUGCCCGACUACCACAACCCCCAGCUGGGCCACCCCGUGUUCCUGGAGAUCACCCCGGCGCCCAACAUCAAGUACAAGAUCAUCCCCGGCAACAGCAAGGGCAUGAACGUGCUGGGGAUCGUCAUCUUCUCCGCCACCAUGGGCCUCCUGCUGGGCAAGAUGGGCGAGCGAGGCGCGCCGCUGGUCAACGUGUGCCAGUGCAUCAACGAGUGCGUCAUGAAGAUCAUCAACGCGGCCAUGUGGUACUUCCCGUUCGGGAUCGUAUUCCUGGUGGCGGGGAAGAUCCUGGACAUGCACGACCCGGCCCACCUUGGGGAGAAGCUGGGCAUGUACUUCAUCACCGUGCUGGCGGGCCUCUUCGUCCACGGCCUCAUCCUCCUCCCGCUCUUCUUCUACGUCCUCACGGGGAAGAACCCCUUCGCCUACAUCAGGGGGCUGCUGCAGGCGCUGGUCAUCGCCCUGGCAACCUCGUCCAGCUCUGCGACCCUCCCCAUCACCAUGAAGUGCCUGCUGGAGAACUGUGGCGUGGACCGGCAGAUCGCCCGCUUCGUGCUGCCCGUGGGCGCCACCAUCAACAUGGACGGCACGGCGCUGUACGAGGCCGUGGCCGCCAUCUUCAUCGCCCAGGUCAACGAGUACGAGCUGGACUUCGGCCAGUUGGUCACCAUCAGUAUCACGGCGACCGCUGCAAGCAUCGGCGCGGCCGGGAUUCCCCAGGCCGGCCUGGUUACCAUGGUGAUCGUGCUGACCUCGGUGGGGCUGCCCCCCGCUGACAUCACGCUGAUCGUGGCCAUCGACUGGGUCCUCGACCGCUUCCGCACCAUGAUCAACGUGCUGGGCGACGCCCUGGCGGCGGGCAUCAUGGCCCACCUGUGCAAGAAGGACUUUGAGAAGGCCGCCGUCGCCGCCGCCGCCGCCGCCACCGCCAACACCACAGUGGGACCCAACCGGAGGGACACGGCCAUCUCCUUCGGGAACCAGAGUGUCACGAUGUCGGAGGCCCCGCUGAUGUCGCACCGCUGCGACUACGUGUACGAGGUGGACCGCGACCAGGUGAUGGAGAGGCCCCUAGCCUGCUACAACCUCUGCCAGGUCUGAGCCCGCGGCCGGGGGGGGGGGGGGGGCCCGACGGCCGGAGGCAGCCACCCCCUGGAGGAGGCAGGCAACGUGGGCAGCAUGUGCAGAACAGGAGUGCAGGGGACGCGCACACACGCGCACGCACACACGCACGCACGACCACGCACGCUGCACUCCGCUGGGAUCGACGCGCACGAAAGUUUUCAGAUGACUUCAUUUUAAAUUCAUGGGCAGGAUUUGAAUUAUUCUUUCUGAAGAAAGAUGAAUGAAAAGGGGAUGGCUGACAAAGAGCUGUUAUGGUAGUAAAAUAGCCGGGAGUCAACCUGAGCUUUCUAUUUCUUGAUGGCCUGUACUAUCAUUCGACUGAAGAGGUUGGGAAACGCACUCCAUUAGUGAUAAAGGAACAAUCGUGUUGCCAAUCGCUUGGAAAAGGGGGAUCGAAUAGUCUUUCGGUCAGGAUAUGCCUUAAUCUGUUCUAUGUUCUGUGACACUCACUGGGGAUUGCCCAAAAUUUGAAAAUAUCCUAAUAAUUAUAUCAAGAAGCUGGUAAGAAUAAUAGCCAGAACUUGAUCCAAAUAACACCCAGAAGCUGGUUUCCGGUUUAGAUUUCCUAAAGAAAGUGUCAAGUAUUGCAAUUACCAAUAAGAGUUCCAUUGUUACUGUAGAAACGUGAAAUAAGCCAUAUAAGGUGAUUUAUGUUUUAUACAAAUCGAUUUUGUUUCAUGGCUGUCUUUUGAUAAUAAAAACAAAACUAUGGAAUCACCCUCUA